UGGACCGAGUUAGAGUUGAGACGGCGGAGGAGUCGCGCAGAGUGCGUGCGUCCCCCGCGGGGGGGUCCGUGCCCGCGAGUAGUGGGGGAGCCGGGCUCCAGCCCAGUUUGGUGCAGCCUUGGCAGAGACCAACAAGGAGAGGGAGCUCCAUUUUUCAGAACACACUGCUUUUGUGGAGGGCAGCAAAUUGAUACAAGAGCAUAUUCCUCACAGGAAAGAAAAUAAAAGCUCUUGGAGCAACUUACUAAGGUAAACAGAUUGCAGUGGAUUUCUUGAUGGCAGAUCUGGAAUGGACGUGAGUCCUCUGGGAGGAUUAGAACUUUCUGAACGUACUCCUGGUCUGCUAGGGAAUACCACCAUGGCAGCAGGUCUUGCAAAUGUAGGAAAUACUUUUGGAGGCCCACCAAGUUCUUUAGUUUCUAGGCCUAAUAAAUUUCAAAGCUCACCUAUAGAAGAUGAUGAUGAUGUAGUUUUUAUUGAACCUGUACAACUUCCACAAAACUCUACAUCAGUGAUAGCAGAUCAAAGGAAUGCUGCUUUUACAUCAUCAAAAAAUGAAGAACUUCAGGGAAAUGAUUGCAAAAUGCUUUCUCCUCCAAAAGAUUUAAAUUCUCAAAAGGGGAGUGUAAGUGAAACUAUUAUUAUUGAUGAUGAAGAAGAUAUUGAAACAAAUGGAGGACAAGAGAAGAAUGCUUCCAGUUUUAAUGAACGAAGACUUCCAGAGUGUAAAAACAGAACCAACGAUAUGGAAUUCUCACCUUCCAGUUUUUCGAGAAGUAAGACCAAGACUGGUGUAGGACCUUUCAAUCCUGGUAGAAUGAACGUGGCUGGAGAUGUAUUUCAAAAUGGAGAAUCUGUGACUCAUCAUAAUCCAGAUUCUUGGAUAUCCCAGUCAGCUUCCUUCCCUAGGAAUCAGAAGCAGCCGGGUGUGGAUUCAUUGUCACCUGUAGCAUCACUUCCUAAACAGAUUUUUCAGCCUUCUGCCCAGCAGCAGCCUUCUAAACAAGUUAAAGUCACAUGUGCAAACUGCAAAAAGCCUUUACAAAAAGGACAGACUGCAUAUCAGCGGAAAGGAUCAGCUCACCUUUUUUGUUCUACUGCCUGCCUCUCAUCUUUCUCACACAAACCCACUCCAAAGAAACUUUGUGUUAUGUGCAGAAAAGAUAUAACAACAAUGAAAGGCACCAUUGUUGCGCAGGUUGAUUCAAGCGAGUCCUUCCAGGAGUUUUGCAGUACAUCGUGUUUAUCCUUCUAUGAAGAUAAACAGAAUCCCUCGAAAGGAGCUUUGAAUAAAUCACGAUGCACUAUCUGUGGUAAACUAACUGAGAUUCGUCAUGAAGUUAGCUUUAAAAAUAUGACUCAUAAGCUGUGCAGUGACCAUUGCUUCAAUAGAUACAGGAUGGCAAAUGGUUUAAUAAUGAAUUGCUGUGAGCAUUGUGGGGAGUAUUUACCCAGCAAAGGAGCUGGAAACAAUGUUCUUACUAUUGAUGGUCAGCAGAAAAGAUUCUGCUGCCAGAACUGCGUUGGUGAAUACAAGCAGAAAUAUGGCAAAUUAACAUCUUGUAGUGGCUGCAGAGCUCAGUGCAGGUUUUUUGACAUGAUUCGGUUCAUAGAACCUAAUGGAUGUACGGAGCCAUACUGCUCAACUGUAUGCAUGAAUACACACAAAUCAAAAUAUGCAGAAUCACAAAGUAUGGGAAUUAUUUGCCACUUUUGUAAACGAAACUGUUUACCUCAAUAUCAAGCCACAAUGCCUGAUGGAAAACUGUACAGCUUUUGCAGUUCCAGUUGUGUAGCUAAAUUUCAGACUCUCAGUGUGCAGUCUUCAACAAAUGGUCAGUUUGUCUCUCCCAGUGAUAUUCAGUUGAAAUGUAAUUAUUGUAAAAGUUCUUUUUGUUCGAAGCCAGAAGUACUGGAAUGGGAGAACAAAGUGUAUCAGUUCUGCAGCAGAGCAUGUGCUGAUGAUUAUAAGAAACUGCAUUGCAUAGUUACAUACUGUGAAUACUGUCAAGAAGAGAAAACGCUGCAUGAGACUGUGAAUUUCUCUGGCGUCAGAAGACCCUUUUGUAGUGAAGGCUGCAAGCUGCUAUAUAAACAAGACUUUGCAAGACGGUUAGGACUGAGAUGUGUUACUUGUAAUUACUGCUCACAGCUGUGCAAAAAGGGAGCAACUAAGGAACUUGAUGGUGUAGUGAGAGAUUUCUGCAGUGAAGAGUGCUGUAAAAAAUUUCAGGACUGGUACUACAAGGCUGCACGAUGUGACUGUUGUAAGUCUCAAGGAACUCUCAAAGAGAAAGUGCAGUGGCGUGGUGAAAUGAAACACUUCUGUGAUCAGCACUGUUUGCUCCGUUUCUACUGUCAACAAAACGAACCAAAUCUGGCAACCCAAAAAGGACCUGAAAACUUACACUAUGAUCAGGGCUGUCAAACCCCCAGAACAAAAAUAACAGGCUCAGCACCACCACCUUCUCCAACACCUAACAGAGAAAUGAAGAACAAGGCAGUUCUUUGCAAGCCUUUGACGAUGACGAAAGCCACGUACUGUAAACCUCAUAUGCAGACAAAAUCUUGUCAGACAGAAGAUGAUUGGAAAAAAGAGUAUAUCCCAGUGCCUAUUCCUGUACCUGUCUAUGUUCCUGUGCCUGUGAACAUGCAUAGUCAGAAUGUUCCUGUUCCUACAACAGUUCCUGUUCCUGUUCCUGUGCCAGUUCCAGUUUUCUUGUCCACUACUCUGGAUAGCAGUGAGAAAAUCCUGUCAGCAAUAGAAGAGCUGAAGGGAAAAGUGCCCUCAAAUCCUCUAGAAACUGAGCUGCUGAACUUGUCAGAGAUGGUGCCUGAACAUGAUGGAAAAGCUGAAGCUUCUGGUGUGACCGGUGUGAUAGUUGAGGCAAAUAUACUGAACUCAGAAGCAGAAGCACGGACGAGUUUGCCUGAUGUUCCAUACGAAUCAGACCUUGAUAUUGAAAUAGACUUUCCAAGAGCAACUGAGGAGCUUGAUACGGAAAAUGAGUUUUUGUUACCUCCUGUUUUUGGGGAGGAGUACGAGGAACAGCCAAGGCCUCGGUCCAAAAAGAAGGGAGUGAAGAGGAAAGCAGUGUCAGAAUACCAGUCUCACGAUGACAGCUCUGAAAACUCAGAGUGUAGUUUUCCAUUCAAAUACACAUAUGGUGUAAAUGCAUGGAAGCACUGGGUGAAGUCUCGGUAUUUAAAUGAAGACGUUCCAGAAUUAGAGGAACUAAAAUCAACAAAGUCUGUGAAAUUAAAGGAAGAUCUAUUAUCACAUACUUCAGCUGAGUUAAACUAUGGGUUGACACAUUUUGUCAAUGAAAUUCGAAGGCCGAAUGGAGAGAACUAUGCACCUGACAGCAUCUAUUACCUGUGUCUUGGAAUUCAGGAGUAUUUAUAUGGAAGUAAUCGAAAAGACAACAUAUUUAUUGAUCCAGUCUACCAGACAUUCGAACAGGAAUUAAAUAAAAUCCUAAAAAGUUGGCAACCAAGCAUACUUCCAGAUGGAUCAAUAUUCUCUAGAGUUGAAGAGGAUUACCUUUGGAGGAUUAAACAGCUAGGAUCGCAUUCACCGGUUGCUCUUCUGAAUACUCUGUUCUACUUUAACACUAAAUACUUUGGCCUGAAAACAGUGGAGCAGCACUUAAGACUUUCUUUUGGCACUGUUUUUAGACAGUGGAAAAAAAAUCCUCUAACAAAGGAAAGCAAAGCUUGUCUUCGAUAUCAAGUGUCUUCCCUGUGCAGAGCUGAUACUGAAGAUAAGAUUACUACUGGAAAAAGGAAACAUGAAGAUGAUGAACCAGUGUUUGAACAAAUUGAAAACACAUCUGAUCCAGCUAGAUGCCCUGUGAAAAUGUUUGAGUGCUAUCUGUCUAAAAGCCCACAGAAUCUGAAUCAGAGGAUGGACAUGUUCUAUCUGCAACCAGAGUGCUCUGUCUCCGCAGAGAGUCCCAUCUGGUACACUGCCACUUCACUGGACCGCAACACUUUAGAAAAUAUGCUCGUACGGGUUCUUUUAGUAAAAGAUAUUUAUGAUAAAGACAAUUAUGAACUGGAUGAAGACAUAGAUUAAAACAAACUUCCAAAAACUGUCAAGAAAACAAACAGCAUUAGAUAUAGUCAUGCUGCUAGACCUUUACUAUGGAAAACAUUUCAAGUUUACCUUUUGUUUUAUGAGUUUUGUAGCAGUGUGUACCCUGACCUGGGUAUUACCAUGUAAAUAAUCUGUAAGUGAAAGUUUCCAUUAUUCUGUGUAGUGGUUUUAGGAUACAUAACAAACACAUUUCAGAUUAUUUUUUUUAAUUAUUAUUUAUUUGAUUAGGUAUGUUUGUAACUUUUUACAUUGCAAAAUAUGAAUGAGAAUGUGCCAUGUGUAAUUUUUUUUUUCCCCGUUGUAGUAAGAGACAUCAAUAUUGCACAACUCUGCUCUUGGAAGCUCCCUUGAAAGGAGGCUGUUUAAAUGGGUUCUUAAACCGGAUGGUUGUGUAUGGGUAGCACUACUAAAAUUUAGAACUUGCUGUGUCUUUCAGAAUUUUUAAACAAAUUGUAAACUAAUAGGUUUUUUACUUUUUAGUUACUGAAGCCUUAUAAGGUUAUGUAGAGAGAUCCCAUCUUAUGUACCAAAAAUAGACAAAAGCGAAUGCUGUCAAUAUUGGUGUACUGUAAUGUGAAUCUAUUCUGGUGAAGACAUCUUUUUUUUGUUGCCCAUAUUAAAACCUUAGUGUCCUUUCCUUAUCUGUGGCUCUCUCUCAAUUGCCCCUACAAAUAAAAUAUAUAUAUAAAAACAAAUGAAUAUAAGCUUAAAGCAUGUGGCCAUCACGACAUGUAUUUUGUAAAAAAAGAAAACCAAAACAAAAACCCCCUUAAAAAAAAAGGAAAAGAAAAAAUAGACAUGUCUGAUGCCAAUGCUGUAUAAUUCUUUUCCAUCUCUACUUUUACAACCAUAAAUGUUGGUACCUCAUAUUACUGUAAAUCUGUCCUUUGUAGCCUUAGAAAAAGGGAUUUUAUGCUGUAUUACAUAAAGUAAUAUGGUAUGCUAAAUGUUUGACUUCUGUUUGUCGUUGCAUUGCUGUAUUUAAAUACAGUCAGUACAUGACUAAGGGUGGGAAAAUUCUUUUAACUAAUGCCUGCAUUCAAAAGCCAUAUAAGAUGUGAAGCUGCAGAAAGUUGAAAGACAAAUUUUUUGAAGAAAAGUCCUUUCAUUUGUUCAAUAUCCUUUCAUUGUGCUCACUUUGCUUAAGGAGUCUGAUUUCCAGAUACACAUUUAGCUGCUUAAGUUUUGUUACUUGCUCUUGUUUAACUGAUGCAAGCAAUAUGGUGGUUCAUGCAAUGGUUUUGCUAUUGUACUGAAAAAAUGUAGUAGAAUAUUCUACUAUGAAGUAAUCUUAAGUUUGGCUCUCCUAAAUAGCAUUAUGUGUCUUUUGAGAGGAAUCAUCUACUAAAGGGAAAACUUUCUAUGUAUAUGUAUUACCACCUGAGGAUUUAUUUCCUGCAAGGGCUGCAUGACAUUUUCCUUUCUCUUAGCUUAAAAUAAUGCACAUAGGGAUGCAUCUUUCUAUAUAGAGAAAUAAAGCUUCAGUUGCUUUGUUUUGUUAAACAA